AUGAAUUUCAACCAAAAUAUAAGGCAAGAGUUAGAGUGCAUGACAGUUCAGAGCGCGGUCCACCUGUCUGGCUUUGCACGGCGCUCGCAAACAAGGGCACAAGUAAACCACCAACACACUUGUAUCCAGGCUGCUUGCUUGCUUGCACGGGAGGGUCAAGCGCCUAUAAAAAGCGCCGACGAAAAUCCACCUGCAGCUCAUUCAACAGGUUCGCGCAACAAGAGCAGGAUGAGAGCUGCUGUGGCUUUCGUGGCGUUAGUGGCGCUACUUUGCGUGGCGGAGGCCGACCCGGGAGGGAAGAAGAAAAGCGGAGGAAGGCGAGGCUCUGGGAGACACUUCAGCGGAGGCUACGGGGGAAGCUACAGCAGCGCCGGGGCCUUCGGCGGGAGCGCCAGUGCCGUUGCCGGCGCUGGAGGCUUCGGCGGCAGACCGGGAGGCUUUGGUGGGAGCGCAGGAGGCUUUCCGGGCAGUGCCGGAGCCUUCGGUGGCGCGACAGGAGGCUUCGGGGGCACCGGUGAAGCUUUGGCGGCCGACCAGUUGGCACCGGAGGCUACGGUGGACUGGGAGGCAGGCCAGUUGGCACCGGAGGCUUUGGAGGCACUUCAGGCUUCGGUGGCACCACAGGCGGCCUUCGGUGGCACUACAGGAGGCUUCGGUGGCUCUACAGGAGGCUUCGGUGGCUCUACAGGAGGCUUCGGUGGCACUACAGGAGGCUUCGGUGGCUCUACAGGAGGCUUCGGUGGCUCUACAGGAGGCUUCGGUGGCUCUACAGGAGGCUUCGGUGGCACCACAGGCGGCUUCGGUGGCUCUACAGGAGGCUUCGGUGGCACUACAGGAGGCUUCGGUGGCUCUACAGGAGGCUUCGGUGGCACUACGGGAGGCUUCGGUGGCACUACAGGUGGCUUCGGAGGCACCGGCGGACACUUUGGAAGCGGUGGCACUACAGGAGGCCUCGGCGGCAAUUCUGGAGGCUACGGUGGCAGUACAGGUGGCUUCGGUGGCACUACGGGAGGCUUCGGUGGCAGUACAGGAGGCUUUAGUGGCACAACUGGGGGCUUCGGUGGGUCUACAGGAGGUUUCGGAGGCACCGGCGGACAGUUUGGAAGCGGUGGCACUACAGGAGGCUUCGGCGGCACUUCAGGAGGCUUUGGCGGCACUUCAGGAGGCUUCGGCGGCACUUCAGGAGGCUUUGGCGGCACUUCAGGAGGUCACGGUGGCACGUCAGGAUCCGGAGCUGUUUCCGUCAUCGAUUUUGCUCGUAAAGGCCCGACAAAAGCUGCCACCUCGACAGGAAGCGGAAACAAGAAUUACGGGCGUUAA